AUUUCUUCUACAAAAAACGACACAACGUUCAGCCAAAAAUUCCUUCCCUUGUCUUCAAGCAAACCCUCACUCUUCAUUCUUCAUCACACACUUUUUUCGCUUUUUUCAUAAUCGCGUUCUAAAUAAUCGCGUUUCGAUGAAAUGAAAUGGAACACGCAAAUGGAAGAAGUAGAAGCGAUUCUCGAGAAAAUCUGGGACUUACACGACAAACUCAGCGACGCUAUUCAUUCCAUUUCACGAUCUCAUUUUCUCACUUCCGUCAAAACGCUCACGAAUUCUGCGCAUAACAAAAACGACACUGUUUCUAGCGAAACGACACCGGAGGGUAAUAACGGUAACGGUUUUGUUUAUGUGAAGGAUUUUCGGCCGGUGAAUGACGAUGUUGAUGAUGCCGUUCAUGAAGCGAAGAGUCUUAAUGCUAUUAGAACCGCGCUUGAGAAUCUUGAAGACCAGCUCGAGUAUUUUCAUACCAUUCAGACUCAGCAGCGUGUUGAGAGAGAUGCUGCGAUUGCACGUCUGGAACAGAGUAGACUUGUUCUUGCAAUGAGACUGGCAGAACACCGUGGCAAAAAAUAUAAAGUCAUUGAAGAAGCUCUUGCUUUUGUUGGAGAUGUACAUGAUGCUAGCGGCCUUGUUUCACCUGAAGUUUUUGGACAACCAAAAUGUACAGAUGAGAAUUUUGUAGCCGAGAAGGGGAAGAGAUCUAAUAUCCUCGUCAAUGUUUUUGUCUCAAGUUUCAAUUUUGUGAAGAAAUCUCUUGGGUUGGAUCAUAUGGGCGGAAUAGUAGGAAAUGCUGCUCUGGUUGCCGUUAGUAUGAUUGCUUUGCUUCAGUUGCAGCAGGUAACUAAUCAUGAACAUUCAUUUAGGGAAGAAAAUAGAGUUCACAGCAACAGAACUAUGAGAAGAGCAGCUCACUUGGAGGGUUCUUCGUCCAGUGCCCAUUCUGGUAACUUGAAUGUUUUUUUGGCUAGAGGAUAGGAUUAAACCUCUAUCAAUGUGCUGAAAUGACGAGGGUUAUGCUUUCAGUCUAUCAAGUGAUAUGUUCAUUUUUUUUUUCUUUCUGUGCUUUUUGUCCUUUGUUUCAUCUUGAUUACAAAGGAGGUCUGAAAUCUGGUCUGGUGAAGGGAGAAUAGGCUAAAAUGGAGGCAUAGCUACUUUAGUGAGUUUGCCCAAAAGGGAGUUUGGUGUCAUUUGAUAUAUGGUUUUUGUUGCCGCCGAAAGUUUGCACCGGUUGCAUAAUAGUUGAUCUGGUAAUUUGUGAGAUAGGUAGGUUCUGUUUGCUGAUUCACACUUCUGGUGCAUAUGCUUAUACUUAGUUGGAUAGCGUCAUCUGUGGUAGAUUCCUGCACCUUUCUUGUGUGCUUUAGUUUAGAAAGUAAGAAUGUCUUUUACCUUGAUUUUUCUUGUUCGUUUUGCUUCCCACUUAGUAGAAUCUUUUGUGAGAAUACAUUACUGUUGCAAUGAAGGUGAUUUUUUUUGUCAAUUUUCAAGAAA